GGUCUGUCUGCCGGGGCCUCUGGCCACUGCCCCAGACUGGUGAUCUGGGCUUGGGUUCCUCCUGGCGACCUCUCCCGUCUAGGUCCCUCAGCCACUCUGCCCCAAGAUGGGCCGCGGGGCCGGCCGCGAGUACUCGCCUGCGGCCACCACUGCGGAAAAUGGGGGCGGCAAGAAGAAACAGAAAGAGAAGGAGCUGGAUGAGCUGAAGAAGGAGGUGGCCAUGGAUGACCACAAGCUGUCCUUGGAUGAGCUGGGCCGCAAGUACCAAGUGGAUCUGUCCAAGGGCCUCACCAACCAGCGGGCCCAGGACAUUCUGGCUCGGGAUGGACCCAAUGCCCUCACCCCACCCCCGACCACCCCUGAGUGGGUCAAGUUCUGUCGUCAGCUUUUCGGGGGCUUCUCCAUCCUGCUGUGGAUUGGGGCCAUCCUCUGCUUCCUGGCCUUCGGCAUCCAGGCUGCCAUGGAGGAUGAGCCGUCCAACGACAAUCUGUACCUGGGCGUGGUGCUGGCAGCUGUGGUCAUCGUCACUGGCUGCUUCUCCUACUACCAGGAGGCCAAGAGCUCCAAGAUUAUGGAUUCCUUCAAGAACAUGGUGCCUCAGCAAGCCCUGGUGGUGCGAGAAGGAGAGAAGAUGCAGAUCAACGCGGAGGAGGUGGUGGUGGGAGACCUGGUGGAGGUGAAGGGUGGAGACCGCGUACCUGCGGACCUCCGGAUCGUCUCUUCUCACGGCUGCAAGGUGGACAACUCCUCCCUGACAGGCGAGUCAGAACCCCAGACCCGCUCCCCCGAGUUCACCCACGAGAAUCCCCUGGAGACCCGCAAUAUCUGUUUCUUCUCUACCAACUGUGUGGAAGGCACUGCCAGGGGCAUCGUGAUCGCCACGGGUGACCGGACGGUGAUGGGCCGUAUAGCCACUCUGGCCUCGGGCCUGGAGGUCGGGCGGACGCCCAUAGCCAUGGAGAUUGAACACUUCAUCCAGCUGAUCACAGGGGUGGCCGUGUUCCUGGGGGUCUCCUUCUUCGUGCUCUCCCUCAUCCUGGGCUACAGCUGGCUGGAGGCGGUCAUCUUCCUUAUCGGCAUCAUUGUGGCCAACGUGCCCGAGGGCCUGCUGGCCACUGUCACCGUGUGCCUGACCCUGACAGCCAAGCGCAUGGCUCGGAAGAACUGCCUGGUGAAGAACCUGGAGGCGGUGGAGACCCUGGGCUCCACCUCCACCAUCUGCUCCGACAAGACCGGUACCCUCACCCAGAACCGCAUGACCGUCGCCCACAUGUGGUUCGACAAUCAGAUCCAUGAGGCCGACACCACGGAAGAUCAGUCUGGGGCCACUUUUGACAAACGAUCCCCGACGUGGACUGCCCUAUCCCGGAUUGCUGGUCUCUGCAACCGUGCUGUGUUCAAGGCAGGGCAGGAAAACAUCUCUGUGUCUAAGCGGGACACAGCAGGUGAUGCCUCCGAGUCAGCUCUCCUCAAGUGCAUUGAGCUGUCCUGCGGCUCCGUGAGGAAGAUGAGGGACAGAAACCCUAAGGUGGCCGAGAUCCCUUUCAACUCAACCAAUAAGUACCAGCUGUCCAUCCACGAGCGAGAAGACAGCCCCCAGAGCCACGUGCUGGUGAUGAAGGGGGCCCCUGAGCGCAUCCUGGACCGCUGCUCCUCCAUCCUGGUGCAGGGCAAGGAGAUCCCGCUGGACAAGGAGAUGCAAGAUGCCUUCCAGAACGCCUACCUGGAGCUGGGAGGGCUCGGGGAGCGCGUCCUGGGCUUCUGUCAACUGAAUCUGCCCUCUGGAAAGUUUCCUCGGGGUUUCAAAUUCGACACGGAUGAGCUGAACUUUCCCACGGAGAAGCUCUGCUUCGUGGGGCUCAUGUCCAUGAUUGACCCUCCACGGGCUGCCGUGCCCGACGCUGUGGGCAAGUGCCGGAGUGCAGGCAUCAAGGUGAUCAUGGUGACCGGUGACCACCCCAUCACAGCCAAGGCCAUUGCCAAAGGCGUGGGCAUCAUCUCAGAAGGCAACGAGACAGUGGAGGACAUUGCCGCCCGGCUCAACAUUCCUGUUAGCCAAGUCAACCCCAGAGAAGCCAAGGCGUGUGUGGUGCAUGGCUCUGACCUGAAAGAUAUGACGUCAGAGCAGCUGGACGAGAUUCUCAAGAACCACACGGAGAUCGUCUUUGCCCGGACGUCUCCUCAGCAGAAGCUCAUCAUCGUGGAGGGCUGCCAGAGGCAGGGAGCCAUUGUGGCGGUGACGGGGGAUGGGGUGAACGACUCCCCGGCGCUGAAGAAGGCGGACAUCGGCAUCGCCAUGGGCAUCGCUGGCUCCGACGUGUCUAAGCAGGCCGCCGACAUGAUCCUGCUGGAUGACAACUUUGCCUCCAUCGUCACCGGCGUGGAGGAGGGCCGCCUGAUUUUUGACAACCUGAAGAAAUCCAUCGCCUACACCCUGACCAGUAACAUCCCCGAGAUCACCCCAUUCCUGCUGUUCAUCAUUGCCAACAUCCCCCUGCCUCUGGGCACUGUGACCAUCCUCUGCAUUGACCUGGGCACUGACAUGGUCCCUGCCAUCUCCUUGGCCUACGAGGCAGCUGAGAGUGAUAUUAUGAAGCGGCAGCCGCGAAAUCCGCAGACGGACAAGCUGGUGAACGAGAGGCUCAUCAGCAUGGCCUAUGGACAGAUCGGGAUGAUCCAGGCUCUGGGUGGCUUCUUCACCUACUUUGUGAUCCUGGCAGAGAAUGGUUUUCUGCCUUCACGGCUUCUGGGAAUCCGCCUGGACUGGGAUGACCGGUCCAUGAAUGACUUGGAGGACAGCUACGGACAGGAGUGGACCUAUGAACAGCGGAAGGUGGUGGAGUUCACGUGCCACACGGCCUUCUUUGCCAGCAUUGUGGUCGUGCAAUGGGCUGACCUCAUCAUCUGCAAGACCCGCCGCAACUCAGUCUUCCAGCAGGGCAUGAAGAACAAGAUUCUGAUUUUUGGGCUCCUGGAGGAGACAGCACUGGCCGCCUUUCUGUCUUACUGCCCGGGCAUGGGUGUGGCUCUCCGAAUGUACCCGCUCAAGGUCACCUGGUGGUUCUGCGCCUUCCCCUACAGUCUCCUUAUCUUCAUCUACGAUGAGGUCCGGAAGCUGAUCCUGCGGCGAUAUCCCGGUGGCUGGGUGGAGAAGGAGACCUACUACUGAGCCGGUCGGAAGGGAGGAGCAGGCACAGAGAAGAUGGGGCCCUGGCGGUGUCACCGGGAUGGCACUGGGUAGGGGUGGAAAACACUGGGGUGUGUUUGGCGGGGAGGCCGAGAGAAUGAGGCAACUCAGCAGGCCAAGUUGGGGGAGAGGGUAACUUAGCUUGGGGUGAUUGUCCCAGAGGCCUAAGUAGGAGCAGUCAGCUUAGACACUACAUGUCAUGAUCCCUCCCCAGAUCCUGCUCCAUUCCACGGGCUGCCUUUCUUAUCCAAGGAACUGAGGGGUACCCCAGCCCUCCGCAGUCCCCGCCCCUUCACCCCCACCUCCCACUAGGACAGAUCGACACUGAAAGGCAGGGGUCUGUCUAAAGCGGGGGAGGGGAGCUGUCUCCGAUCACCAAGGUCCCUUUAUCUCCCCAGCCUCAUCCCACUUCCCACCUUUACCCCUCAUUUGCUUCCUGCUCAACUCUGACCCCUGCUUCCCCUUCAGACCUGGAAUCCACCUGGUGAGUGCUAGGACCUGAGGCCAGAAAGGGAACAGGUUGGAGAAGCUGGCCUGCCUGCCAGCCUAGGCUGUUCAGGAAACGCUAGAGGAGAGCUGCUCGGACAGAUGGGAGGAUCGGGUAUGGUGGAGGAGAUGGGCAGGAAGGGAGAGGGGUCAAUGACAGGACCUCUGACAUAGACGUCCGGGCCCCAGCUCUGAGUCCUGCCCUUUAAAGUACCCCGCCAGCAGACCAGAUUCCAGGGCCACAGAGGCAGAGGCAGGACCAGGAAGCAAUCUGGGAAACUUCACUGAGGCUGCACGCUCAAAGUGCCUGUGGCGUUCCCCACAGACACUUGGUUUGUGGUCUGUUGGUCCCCAAGGCCCAGGUGUCACAGAAACUCCAGCUCUCCCUGUCAGCAUCCUUGGUAAUACCCUGGCCUUUUGAAUGCCAAGUCCCCAGAAGUUCUGCGUGGUGCUGAGAGGGGGAGCUGCCAUUCCCCAUCAUGCCCACCCUGGAUGAACCUGCACCACUCCCAGGCACUGCCAAGCCAGCCCUGGAAAGGAAGGUCCCAGGCCAUGAGCUGGAAUUGAGGUGGAGAAGUUUCCAGAAACGUCCUGUCUUCCAGGGACACACAGAAUGAGCUUAGGUCAUGGAUGUGGUUAGAACCUCUGGACAACAAGAAAGAAAGCAUGAGGAGGCCUGCCUUGGUCUCUCAAGGGCUGUUCCGCCCAAACACCCUUCACACUAUGGUCAUUGUGCCCAGUUUCCCUUGAGACAGGGAGGUGGUUUCAGGUCCCUACAGGAAGAUGCUUUUCCUCCUCAACCUCCUCCCCACCUGCACUCUGCUCUGUUGGCAGCACUGCCCGUUCUCUUAAGCCUGGCUUAGAUUAGAAGGCAUUGGGAAUAUCCUGUAGAGAGACACCUAGGUGAACCAAGAGUGUGAGAGAGACAUCUAAGGAAAAUGGAAGACCUAAGGCAGAAAGAAAGGAAGCACAACAGAUAAACAUCAGGCCUGCAAGCAACCUCCCAAGCGCUAUUACUUCAAUACACUGGAAGGUACUUUAUCCAAAGUACCUUGAAAUAACGAGUCAUUGUCUGGGGCUUAGAAAACCAAAUGGGAAACCAUAUGAAUUUGGGCCUGAUGAAUCUGAGAUUUAUUGACCAUGGACAAAGGUUUACCUUGCUCAAUGAAUAAAAUGGCAUUUGUUUAGCAAAUUAAGAGCAUAAAUGAUAUUGCUAGGGGUGGCACAUGUAGUCUCCUAAAACAAUACUUCUUGGACACUUUAGGAAUAUCCAUUUAGAAAUAGUGAAUGCAUGGGCUAAUUAUCAUCUGCUGUGUUUGUUAAAGAAACAUCUGCAAGACCUUUACUUGGUGACCUUUUGUAAGACAUUAGUUUGAGGCAGUUUGUACGUACUUGAAAACAAUAAAGUUGCAUUUCUUUAUGAAAGAA